CCCCAGUAGCUUGCUUUGGAUCUGUCAACUCAAACCUCGUCACUCAUGAGGUACUCGGCUGUUUGGCGCUCGGUGGGGGCCAUGAGCUGUGGUUCCCUGGUCACCUACUUGACCAUCCGACUGCUCGAUGGCCAGAAGUCCUCGAUUUAUUCAAGCGGAGCGGAGGGAGAUGGACGACGUGAGUCCUUGGCCAGUGGCGCCUGGCUGCAUCACUGGGAUCUGGACAAGCCGCAGCUGCAAAAAGUGGCCAAUGGUCAGGAGUCCUCCGCCCUGCGGCACAUCAUCCUUGUGCGACACGGCGAGUACACAAAGACCUCGGAUGGCAGCCACCUCACGGAACGGGGUCGUCGACAGGCGGAGAGGACGGGUCAAAGGUUGCGCGAAAUGGACUUGAGCUGGGACCACGUGGUGGCCUCCACAAUGCCGCGGGCCGAGGAGACGGCCAUGAUCAUCCUGAAGCAGCUCAAUCUCGAUCCCUUGAAGAUGAAACGUUGCACUUUGCUGCCCGAGGGCACUCCCUAUCCAGGGGAUCCCCCCUCGAAGCGGAGUCCUCGCAGCCUGGAGCUGGCCUACCAGAGGGAUGGUCCCAGGAUCGAGGCUGCCUUCAGGCGCUACUUUUUCCGGGCCAGUCCGGAGCAGGAGCACGACUCCUACCUGCUCAUAGUGGGUCACUCGAAUGUGAUACGCUACCUGAUCCUGCGGGCCCUGCAGCUUCCGCCGGCCGCCUGGACAAGGCUCAACCUGAACCACGGCUCCAUCACCUGGCUGACCGUUUGGCCCUCGGGCUAUGUGACCUUGCGCUGCCUGGGGGAUUCCGGCUUUAUGCCCAUCACCGAGGUGACACAUCGAAGGCCUUUGCCGACCAAAGCCGAUAAUAACUAGCUCACCAAUAAAACUGUACUACCAAGUUCAUCUCGGA